GAUUUUUACAGGUUCUUAUUAAUUACUCAAAAUUCAGGGAUUAAACAGUAAUUAACGUUUUAUUCAUUAAUCACAUUAAUAUAAUAAAUAUUAAAAAAAAUAAUACCCACAGUAUUCAGCAAACGUUUAACGAUUGUCGGCUCAGAAUACAGUCCAAGAACCGGGAUUUACAACUUCUUUACACCAAAUUGCCCUCGUUCAAUUUUCUAAUACCGAUAAUACCCUCCAUCCCAAAUUGCCCCCAUCAAAAUUUCCCUCCCCUGCACAGACUACGCCAAUCUACUACUCCUCCAUUGCCACUAUGACCACGCCACUGUGCUCCUUGAGACAACUUACCGCCACCCACUCUUGGCUCCGUAGACUCCAUAAGCUUCAAAAGCUCCACUCGCUAGCAUCUCUCAAUCCUUCUUCCAUCUCUCAAUACCCGCAAGGACAGGAGCAGCGGCAACAAGAAAGAGCACAGAAAACCCAACAAAACCUACUUAUUAACAACAAGAAGAAGGAUAGUAUUGUAUCAGAUGUGGAUAACAAUAGUUCUAGCUCAUUUUUUCCUAAGAGAGGCCAGACUUUGGAGUUGGUUUGCGAGUCUUUGGCUUUCAAGGGGAAGGGUGUGUGCAAAGUGGCAGAUACUGGAUUUGUUGUAAUGUGUGACCGGGCACUCCCUGGUGAAAGGUUCAUUGGGCGGGUUACUCGCAGAAAGGGAAGUUAUGCAGAGGUAACCAAGGUGAAGACAAUAUCUCCUCAUUUGGAUAUUAUAGAUGCCCCUUGUGAGUACGCAUCCUAUUGUGGGGGUUGUAAGACACAAAAUCUGUCAUAUGAGGCUCAGCUUAGAGCUAAGGAGCAGCAAGUUCUUGAGUUGAUGACACAUGUUGGAAAGUUUUCAGAUAAAGAUCUGGAUAUGAAGUCUAUUGUUCCCUGCGAUAUUCAAUUUCAUUAUAGAAAUAAGAUGGAGUUCUCAUUUGGUUCUCAAAAAUGGUUACCUAGAGAUUUGCUAGGAGAGAAACAAGAUGGCGUUGAGAACUUUGCAUUAGGACUGCAUGCUCCAGGCUUUUUUGACAAGGUUCUAAACGUUGAUAAGUGCUUGUUACAAAGUGAGCCUGCUAACAAGGUUCUGGCAACCAUCCAGGAUUUUUGGAGAGAUCCACAAUUAGGCCUUACUCCUUAUGAUAUUAAAUCUCAUGUUGGGUUUCUCAAGCAUCUAAUGCUAAGAACUGGAAGGAAUUCUAAGACUGGUUUGCUUGAGCUCAUGGUUAACUUUGUCACCUCAUCUUACAAUCCACAGCUGCUGAAGCCUCUAGUUGAAAAGAUUUCAACUAUUCCAGAAGUGGUAAGCAUCAUGAAUAAUAUAAAUUCUUCUGUUGGCAACACGUCUGUUGGGGAGGAGGAAUACACUUUGUAUGGAAAAUCCACUAUCACUGAAAUCUUAAGAGGACUUACGUUCCAAAUUUCAGCCAACUCUUUUUUUCAAACAAAUACACGUCAGGCAGAGGUUCUGUAUAAACUUAUUGAAGAUUGUGCUGGUCUCAGAGGAGAUAGCUCUGAAAUUGUUCUUGACCUAUUUUGUGGUACUGGAACCAUUGGACUGACACUUGCCAGAAGGGCUAAAAAUGUUUAUGGCUAUGAAGUUGUUCCUCAAGCGAUCUCUGAUGCUCGUAAAAAUGCUGAGCUGAAUGGUAUCACUAAUGCUACAUUUGUGCAAGGGGAUCUUAACAAAAUUGGUGAAAAUUUUGGCAACAAUUUUCCAAAGCCUGACAUUGUCAUUUCAGAUCCAAAUCGUCCUGGUAUGCACAUGAAGUUGAUUAAAUUUCUGUUAAGGCUUAAAGCUCCAUGCAUUGUUUAUGUAUCAUGUAAUCCAGCCACAUGUGCACGAGACCUUGAUUACCUUUGCCAUGGUUUGAAAGAGCAAAAUAUAGAAGGAUGUUACAAACUUAAAAGCCUGCAGCCAGUAGACAUGUUUCCUCACACCCCUCACAUCGAGUGUGUUUGCCUAUUAGAACUUUGCUGACCGCUGCUUGUAAUCAAGCACCUGACAUGCAGAGGAUGAUAGCAAAAGUAGGUCUCAACAGAAUGAAUCUUAGUUUUACCUUUCAUUAUUGGAGAUUAAAGAGAAACUUUUAUAGGUGAAGCAAGCAGCUGAUUCUUGCCCAUUUUUCUGUAUAGAGGUUUCAUUUUUCUCAUGCAAUGAAUCCAUUGUGAUUUUGUAUUGUUGUCUGAGCUACACACAACUGACUCUUCCCUUGGUUUUGUUUUCUGAGGGUAGGCUUUGGCAUGAUAUUAUUCAAAUGCUUCAGUUUCUCACCUGGAGACUUAUUCCAGAAAAUUAACGUUUGAAAAAGUAACCUGAGUAUCUUUUGUA